UUUGAGUGAGAGUAGUACUAGUAGGUAUUGGAGAGUCGGGGCAAAAGAAAACCUGAUUCGUUGUUAUUCUUUCUUGUGUCUCUGCCGCACCGGGAUCAGACACAAACAUUGCAGCAAUGGCUUCAAGCAGAAGCACUUGUCCCGAUUUGGAAGAUGAAGAUGUCGAUCUGAAGUCCGAACUCCUCCGCUACAUCAAGCGCGCUCACAAGCCUGACAAGCAGCGUCGUUUCAUUCCCUACGGAAAAGGCAAAGGCAAAGGCAAAGGCACGCAGUCACAGAACUGCUUGUGCCACUUAACAACGGAUGAUAUGGUAAGAGCAGCUGUGGAAGCUAAAACCCCUCUUGGUAUUAAGGCUAAAGAAGCAAUGGAUAAGGGAGAACCUGUUUCUUACGAUUUACUUAUUCGCAUUAUGACUCAAGCAUUGAAAAACCAAUCAUGUCGCAUAGGUUACUGGUCAACCUCUUAAUCUUAUUCAGCGGAAGGAUGACACGGCCGCUGUUCUUAAGUCAAGACUGGAGGCAUUCCUUCCACAAUCAAACUGAAAUGCCGCAAGAUAACUUUUAAAUUUGGGAUAUAAACUAGCCGUCCGCAUUUACUUUUUGUCUAAAUCCUUGAUGAUGAUGUAAUAUAAUCUUUUGUUUCUGCUUAAUUUGGAGUUGAUGUUUAAGUAUUUUUCAUUAUCAUUUGGCUCACUUUUGUUUGUGCUUAAUUUGGACUCCAAAGAAGAAUAUUGUUGCUAAUCUUCAUGCUGAGAAACCUCCCAAAGAGGUGACAGCUCAAGUGGAGAAGCAGUUCCUAGUUUACCACCCAGCUUGAAAUGCAACAAUUGUUUUGCCAUCUAAAA